AAUUCCGCUAUCCUUUUUCCAGGAACCACCUCACAAAACACGGCCUGAUGGGCAUGGCCAAUGCCGGCGGACCCCGGCUCUCGAAGAAUCUCCACCGAUCGAACAAGCAAAGUGGAUGCUCCUCCUGGCAGUUCUUCCAUCAUGACGUUGCCGUUUCCAAUGCCUUCCGUCGCCCCGUGUUAACCAGGAAGCUUGAGGAGAGCUGAACAUUGAACUGUUCCAAGCGGAUCACAGGGUCGGACCCGGCGCGGGCCCGAUGGACCCUUUUACAGGAUUCGUCAUGAUAUGGAGCAGAUGGUUUCUAAGAUAUAUUUAACACCAAGACAAUCCCAUAUCUCCCAGUCAAAGUUUGAAAAAAUCACUUACAUCUCUUCCCUAUAUAUCAUACUUUAUCCACUAAAUAUUCCAGUUUUUGAUACCCCGUCACUUAGACUUUCGCACUUUAACACAUUCACAAUGGCUCCUACUCCCAACAAGUCUUUCAUCUUCAAGCAGGUCCCCAAGGGCCUGCCUGUCGCCGGCCAGGACCUCGUCACCGAAGACCGCCCCAUCGACCUCGAGCAGGACCUCAACGGCGGCAUCCUCAUCAAGGUCCUCUACUCUUCCUUCGACCCCUACAUGCGCGGCCGCAUGCGCCCCGCCGAGGCCGGCAAGUCCUACAUCCCUCCCUUUGAGCAGGGCGCCGUCAUCGUCUCCUCUAUCGUCGCCCGCGUCGAGCGCUCCGAUGCCCCCCAGUUCGCCGCCGGCGACCUCGUCACCUCCUUCAUGGGCCCCAAUGCCGAGUACGCCGCGAUCCCCGCCAAAUUCCUCCCCGGCUUCUUCAAGGUCCCCAACACUCACAACGUCGACCUGCCCCUCUUUGUCGGCGCUCUCGGCAUGCCCGGUAUGACUGCCUACGAGGGCUUCUACGACAUUGGCAAGCCCAAGAAGGGCGAGACCAUCUUCGUUUCCUCCGCCGCCGGUGCCGUCGGCCAGAUUGUCGGCCAGCUCGCCAAGGCUGAGGGCGUCAAGGUCAUUGGCUCCGUCGGCAGCGACGAGAAGCUCGACUUCAUCAUCAACGAGCUCGGCUUCGACGCCGGUUUCAACUACAAGACCGAGUCUCCCCACGACGCCCUCAAGCGCCUCGCGCCCCAGGGUAUCGACAUGUACUUUGAGAACGUUGGCGGUGACCACCUCGAGGCCGCUCUCGAGUCCUUCAACCAGCAGGGCCGCAUCAUCGGCUGCGGCAUGAUCUCCGACUACAACACCCCGCGCGAGCAGCAGAAGGGGGUCCGCGGCCUCUUCCACCUCGUCGCCAAGAAGCUCUCCUUCCAGGGCUUCCUCGUGAACCUGUCGCCCGAGAAGUACAAGCCCUUCCAGGAGAAGGUGCAGCCCAUGAUUGCCAACGGCGAGCUCAAGGUCAAGAUCCACCAGACGGAUAGCAUCGACCAGGCUGCUGAGGGUUUCAUUGGCAUGCUUACCGGCCAGAACUUUGGCAAGGCCGUCUUGAAGAUUGCCCAGGCGUAAGAGUCUCAAAAGUAUGGACGG